AUGGAAACAUCAACAGUACAACAGAGGGGAUCAGAGACUGACAGACAGAGAGAGAGAAAUUAAGAGAAAGAGAGGGAGUGAUACAGACCAGCCAACCGGCAUUCAUUUUGCGUACCAUGCAUGCAAUUUGAGGUCAAAGUACGCGGGUACGAAAAACGACCCUAAAAUACAGAAAAAUAGGCUUCUAGUUGGCACAUUGUGGUUUUUGACUCAACCGUCUGAAGUUGGAGCUGAGCCAAUCAGAGGACUUGGGCGAGGAGAAAAAGUAUCUAGUUCUCCGCUCCGGCCUGCCCCCGUAGUCAUAGUACUAUUUUUCUCCCUCGAGCUGGAUGGCAGCUCUCCACUUCGUCCAUUGAUACCACUGAUGUGUGGUGAAAAUGGAGAACAAACUGUUUGCCAAAAAUGUGUUCAAAAAUGGUGUGUUAGUCAAGCACAUAGUUAGCGCCUUCACUCAGGCAUCAUUACGACGAAGGUAGUUAGCAACGGCGUCGCUGUGUAGAUAGAAACAGACAUGGCAGAGAGAGCUAAUACCGUCCUUUACAGAAAGUUAUGUUGGACUGUUAAAGAUUAGUAGCCCUAUGUUAAUUAUUCAGUUCUUGAUCUGCCCACUUGAUAUAUCUGUAGGCCUAUCAGUAGGCUGAUGAUGUGAUAAUAGUCAGUUCACCAAUAACAACAAGGCAUGUUGUAUGAAUGGUAGCCUAGUAGUCAGACCUAACUUGAUGGAUGAGGUCAGUGAUGGAGAUCUGAAACAAGCUCUAAAAGGCCUAGUUCAGUUAUUUCAUAUUCCAAAUAGCCUACAGUAAGCUAGACUACUACAAAAUUAAGAAGCCAGUUUACAUUUUCACUAAACUAUCCACAUAAAGAUACAUAUUAAUUAGAAUAAUCAUUACCCCUAAAUUUAACCUAGUGUCAUUGAGACUACCUCAAUUUAAUUUAGGAUCAAACAUAAGACUUUUGUGUUUGCUACAUUAUUUGAUAUAAUUUAAGACUAGAUUUCAGGAAAUGGCAGUUAAAUGCUCCAACUUCCUGUGGGGGAUGUUGGUGGGAGUGAAGGGGGCUGCUGGGAGAGGAAAAUGGCGUCCCUUGAGAGGGCAAGAACAAGAUGUAUGUCAGGAGAAGUGCAGUAUUAUCAUGAGACAUAUACUUGGAAUACGGAGGAGGAAUUGAGGGAAAAAGAGAUGCAGAGGAGGUCGAAGAGAGAGAGGGAGGAAGAGGGUGAGCUUGAAUCGGUUAAAAAUGGCGGGAAAAAGGGAAAUGGAUGUUCUUUGGGUGGUGGACCAUUCUUGAUACACACGGGGAACUGUUGAGUAUGAAAAACCCAGCAGCGUUGCAGUUCUUGACAGAAACCGGUGCGCCUAGCACCCUGUUCAAAGGCACUUAAAUCUUUUCUCUUGCCCAUUCACCCUUUGAAUAGAACACAUACACAAUCCAUGUCUGAAUUGUCUCAAGGCUUUAAAAUCCUUCUUUAACCUGUCUCCUCCCCUUCAUCUACACUGAUUGAAGUGGAUUUAACAAGUGACAUCAAUAAGGGAUCAUAGCUUUCACCUGAAUGCACCUGGUCAGUCGAUGUCAUGGAAAGAGCAGGUGUUCUUAAUGUUUUGUACACUCUGUUAUUCUAAUGUGGUUCAACUGUUAUUCUAGUGGUCUCUGAGGGGGAGUUCUGCCCUCCACCUCCGCAAUAUGCUCAGCCUCUCCUGUAAACCAAUUCAGAUGCUUUGUCAUGUUCAUUUGGCCACUGUUUCUCUGUCCUGUGUAAACGCUUACCGUUUUCUCUGCUGUCUUGUUGUCUCUUGUAAAAAAUAUGUUCUCCAUCUCUGAAGCUUUUUCACAGCUUUUCCAAUAAAGCUUUCAUUCACCCUCUCUCUCCCUCUGUCUCUAGGUGUUUAAGGUGAAGGCGGUACAGUUGGCUGAGAAGCUGCUCCCUGCCUUCAACACUCCCACAGGCAUCCCCUGGGCCAUGGUCAACCUCAAGAGGUCAGUCUCAGACCAAAACGCAACCUUAGAUUUACAUCUGACCACAACCUAACCCUAGAUCUACGUCCACAACUGCAACAAUGGCAUGUCAGCAAGAUUCUCUACUCAAUGAUUUGAAGUUGAUCCUUUCUCUUUCCCUGUGUGUAGUGGUGUGGGGCGUAACUGGGGCUGGGCAUCAGCAGGCAGUAGUAUCCUGGCAGAGUUUGGAACCCUCCACAUGGAGUUUGUCCACCUCACUUACCUCACUGGGAACCCUGCCUACUACCAGAAGGUGAGACACCUCCUUAGUACUGGUGUCUGUCUGAGUCUGUGUGUUCCCCUGGGUGAGAGAUAUCCAUGUCUCCUCUAACCCUAUCAGGUGAUGCACAUACGGAAGCUGCUGGCCAAAAUGGACCGACCCAACGGGCUCUACCCCAACUAUCUGAACCCUCGUACUGGUCGCUGGGGCCAACGUAAGUACCUCUUGUCUCGCUCAACUUCAGAGAAUAACACUGAUGUGUGUGUGUGUGUGUGUGUGUGUGUGUGUGUGUGUGUGUGUGUGUGUGUGUGUGUGUGUGUGUGUGUGUGUGUUAGCACCAGGGUUGAGCUCAACUCAGAAUUUUUGAAUUUACUCCCAUUCAGCUCAUGAGUUGAAAUUCAAAUUGAGUUGGCCACACCCCACAGGAUGUAUAAUUUGAGUGACAGGAAGUAGAAUUUAAUUCAGCACAAUUUAAAUAAAUUCCACUCAGUCAUAGAACAUGAGAGUUUCAUUGAAUCUGAUCGGUCACACUUCCAGAUACCAAACAAUAUAUCACUUUUCUCUAGAAACAAUGUUCAUAUACUCUUAACUUUAUUCUUAACCUUCGUGCUUAGAAUAGCCAAUUAUAUUUCCACCAACUAUUUCAUUUGGCCUCAGGGUCAAUUUGAGGUUUAAACUAUUGCAUUCUGGGGAAUGUAGUAUUUUCCCCAUAUUGAACAAAAUGUAAGUGAUUAAUGAAAUAUAAUAACUUAGAAUAUUUGCAUACAGGUUUUCAUUUUAAGAGUUUGUCCUGAAAAUUAAUUGUUUCAACAAUAUUUAUAUAACAACAUGUUUUAUGUACAAUUUGUAUAGACUACAUCUAAUAUAGAAUAGAAGAAGCAUUUGAAUUUCAUUUAAUUUUACUAUUUUCUUUCAUUCAAAUUCGAAUUGCAAUUCUGUGUCCUGUUUACUACUUCAAUUAAAAUUCAAUUUAAGAAAUUAACUGGAAUUUAUGAGGCAUUCUCAAUUCAAUUCUGAAUUGAGGCCAGCCCUGGCGCCCACCACUGUGUGUGGGUGUGACAGGUGCAGGGGGCGCUAGGCUCUGUAAAUUAAUGUGUGUGAGUAGUGUUUUUCUUUUUUAUAAAUAUGUAUAAUUAGAAGUUUUUGGCAGGCGGUGUCUUAACUAACUCUGUUUAUUACCCUGACUGAGAGAGAGGUUUAAUUACUGUCUCUGCCUCUCACUGCUCAACCUGACCCCACCCCCCCCCCCCCACACACACACACACACACACACACACACAUACACACUGUGCCCUACUAUGUCUACCCCUCUCCAAUGUUGUUUGUGUAGGUUUUUGUUAUUUCUCUUUUUUUCUCAAUCUCUCCAUCCCUCCAUAUGAAAAUGAAUUAUUCAUUUCAACUUCUCUCUCUCCCUCCUUUCUUUUGCCAGGGGAAUGCCAAUUUUGCAUAGAAAACAUUUUACUAUGUGUCUGUGAGUCUCUUCAGCUCAUCUCUCUUGAUCGCUCUCCUCUCUCUCCUCUCUCCUCUCUUCUCUCUCUCUGGGCACACUUUUGCUGUGAGUGUGUGUCUUUGGAAGAGAUGGGAGGAGGAUUGUCACUCAAAGUAAUGAGCAGUGUGUGUGACUAUGGAAAAUACACAAAGUAAUCGUGUUGCCAUAAAUCUAUACCUCUGUGUGUGAGAGAUGUGAAUGUUUGUGUUGUAGCCAUAUAGAAAGUGCCAGUGUUAAAUCAAAGACAUGUCUGUAGGUAUUUCAAACCGACCCAUGGAGAGAGUGACAGACAUACAGACAGACCUACGAGUAAUGUUAUCAUAAUAAAGCCCCAGCUGUCAACUACUAUAAAACGGUCUGUUCCAGCAGCACCUUUGUUAGCAUUAGCUCUCUCCUGACUAACAUAACACACCACUGAAACAUCUGCUGAAGAAAUGCCCAUCUCUCCACUACACGCCUCUCCCCAGCGCUGGACAUGCUAUGCUAACGAGCCCAGCCAGCACAUUUCACACAAUAUUCACUUACCAUUAGCCAUAAGUAUUUAGCCGUAAGCCCCAGCACUAGCUGUGGACUAGGACCGCCAAUGGCUCUAGCCCCACUGCUCUCAAUGACUCCCUCAGCAUUGGUUAGCAUCGUUAGCUUCACUGUUGAUUAACACUGCUGAGUCAUAAGCUGGCUAGCUGUGUUAGCGUCAGAGCAUGGCUUUAGCCAGAGGGAGGCGGAAUGCUAUUCAUUGACUACAGCUCAGCAUUCAACACCAUAGUGCCCUCAAAGCUCAUCACUAAGCUAAGGAUCCUGGGACUAAACACCUCCCUCUGCAACUGGAUCCUGGACUUCCUGACGGGCCGCCCCCAGGUGGUAAGGGUAGGUAACAACACAUCUGCCACGCUGAUCCUCAACACGGGGGCCCCUCAGGGGUGCGUGCUCAGUCCCCUCCUGUACUCCCUAUUCACCCAUGACUGCAUGGCCAGGCACGACUCCAACACCAUCACUAAGUUUGCCGACAACACAACAGUGGUAGGCCUGAUCACCGACAACGAUGAGACAGCCUAUAGGGAGGAGGUCAGAGACCUGGCCGUGUGGUGCCAGGAUAACAACCUCUCCCUCAACGUGACCAAGACAAAGGAGAUGAUUGUGGACUACUGGAAAAAAAAGAGGACUGAGCACGCCCCCAUUCUCAUCAACAGGGCUGUAGUGGAACAGGUUGAGAGCUUCAAGUUCCUUGGUGUCCACAUCACCAACGAAUUAUCAUGGUCCAAACACACCAAGACUGUCGUGAAGAGGGCACGACAAAGCCUAUUCCCCCUCAGCAGACUGAAAAGAUUUGGCAUGGGUCCUCAGAUCCUCAAAAAGUUCUACAGCUGCACCAUCGAGAGCAUCCUGACUGGUAGCAUCACCGCCUGGUAUGGCAACUGCUCGGCCUCCGACCGCAAGGCACUACAGAGGGUAGUGGGUACGGCCCUGUACAUCACUGGGGCCAAGCUUCCUGCCAUCCAGGACCUCUAUACCAGGCUGUGUCAGAGGAAGGCCCUCAAAAUUGUCAAAGACUCCAGCCACCCUAGUCAUAGACUGUUCUCUCUGCUACCGCAUGGCAAGCGGUACCGGAGCGCCAAGUCUAGGUCCAAAAGGCUUCUCAACAGCUUCUACCCCCAAGCCAUAAGACUCCUGAACAGCUAAUCAUGGCUACCCGGACUAUUUGCACUGCCCCCCCACCCCCACCCCAUCUUUUUACGCUACUGCUACUCUGUUAAUUAUUUAUGCAAUGUCACUUUAACUCUACCCACAUGUACAUAUUACCUCAACUAGCCGGUGCCCCCGCACAUUGACUCUGCACCGAUACCCCCCUGUGUAUAGCCUCCCUACUGUUAUUUUAUUUUACUUCUGCUCUUUUUUUCUCAACACUUUUUUGUUGUUUUAUUUUACUUUGUUAUUAAGAAAAAUGCAUUGUUGGUUAAGGGCUGUAAGUAAGCAUUUCACGGUAAUGUCUACACCUGUUGUAUUCGGCGCAUGUGGCAAAUAAAAUUUGAUUUGAUUUACACAAUAGCAUCUCUUAAGGUCCUGCUGGCUAACAAAUGAAGCUAAACAGGGUAGUCUGUGAGAGAUUGAUCAAGUGUGUGUGUAUGUGCGUGUGUGUGCGUUUGUUUGGCUACCAUCUGUGUCUUCUCGCUGAGCGAGAGUUGGCACAGCCUCUGGCUCACUGUAAUGUGGUGUCACUGUAAUUAGGCCAGCUAUAAAGGCUUAAUCAACUUCUAUUGGGACAUUGGGGACAUUAAGAUGGAGUACAUCAGAGAGAGAGUAAACAACCACGAUCAUCUAGUCUCUGCCAUCAUACUGUAAGGGGGACAAAGCGUCUCCAUGUCGUUUUUUUCUGUAACUUAAAAAUCCUUCUCUGAAGAAUAGUGUUGGCUCUGGUUGGAGUUUGGAAGAAAACAUCCAAUGAAUAAAUUAUCUUCUCCCUUUUUGUCCUUCCCUCUUAUUAUUUCUCUCUCCCUCACUUUGGUCCCUCUUUUCCCACCCUCUCAUCUUUCUCCCCCCUCCCUCCCUCCCUCCCUCCCUCCCUCCCUCCCUCCCUCCUCUCCUCCCUCCCUCCCUCCCCCUCUCUCUUUCUCCUCCUCUCUCUCUCUCUCCCCCCUGUAGACCAUACAUCAGUAGGAGGUCUGGGGGACAGUUUCUAUGAAUACCUGCUGAAGGCCUGGCUCAUGUCAGACAAGACGGACACAGAGGCCCGCAAGACCUACGACGACGCCAUUGAGGUACGCACCACCUUUAGCUGGUCUCCAUGGAGGCGAGCAACCCUUAACUGUCUCCAUGGAGAUGGACCACCUUUAUCUGGUCUCCAUUGAGAUGGCUUUGAUUGACAUACACACAGCUGUGUUUCAACUAUCCUACCCUGAAUUAGCAACUACCUUGCUCUAUAUCCUUCUUACCAGAUAGUUAGGAUUGCGCCUCAACUCCUCAAAGUCCUUUAACUGCAGUGUAAUGGGCUCCAUCUUUGCAUUUUAAUCAGUGAGUGAUUUAACAGGAAGCAGAUGCCUGGACUCUGUUGCCAGUUAUUGACAUUGAUUGAUCAAGUACAGUAGGUGCCAGGGAGAGGAGGAGGACAGACGAUUCUGCUGCUUCUCUCAAGGACUGGAGCUGAGGACACUUAAACAACUUUGUUCCUGUUCCCUCUACUGUGCCAGGGACUAACUACCUGUCUUCUAUCUCUCUCUCUCCUCCCUAAACACACACAUACACACACCUACUCCUUCUACCAUCACCACACAUAUCCUUUCCGCACCUCCUUCCAGGCCAUCGAGCGCCACCUGAUCCGUAAGUCCAACGGCGGCCUGACGUUUAUCGGGGAGUGGAAGAACGGCCACCUGGAGAGGAAGAUGGGUCACCUGACCUGCUUCGCCGGGGGGAUGUUUGCUCUGGGGGCCGACGGCUCGCCUGACGACAAGGCCGGACACUACCUACAGCUGGGGGCUGAGAUCGCACACACCUGCCAUGAGUCCUACGACCGCACCGGUGAGACGGAGAAACACACACACACUUAAACAUAUAGAGAAAUCAAAUAAAGUUUAGGUAUAAAUGAUAACUUAUUAUGGGGUAGUUUGGUUGCCAUGGAUUUGAGUUGUCGCCAAGAGAACAUAAGUGCGAUGGUGAGUCAGAUUUUGUGUGAGCUUAGAAUAAUGAUGUGUUGGGUUUUUUAAGUGUGGUUACCAUGGGAAUUGGCUGAUCUUCCUAAAAGUAAAGUUUUACAGUGAUGAUAUUUUCUAGUUUUUUAUCCGGCUGUCUCUUUUUAUGAACUUGUGUUCUGUUCCCACACACAGUGACAAGGCGUGCGGAACAAAUCUGUCUGCUGCUUGAUCACUGUAAUCUGUUCCUAUUACAUUCUAACUCCAAACGUUUAAUUGGCAGGAAAUGUGUUGUGUACUUAUUGCUCAACCAGAAAAAUCAAUGGAUAUUGAAUCCCUCUUUUUUCUCUCUCUCUCCAUCUCCCUCCCUCUCUCCAUAGUGUUGAAGCUGGGUCCAGAGGCCUUUAAGUUUGACAGUGGCCUGGAGGCGGUGGCGGUGCGUCAGAAUGAGAAGUACUACAUCCUGAGGCCAGAGGUCAUCGAGACCUACUGGUACAUGUGGAGGUUCACCCACGACCCCAAAUACAGGCAGUGGGGCUGGGAGGCAGCACAGGUGAGCCACUGGAAAAUCACUUAA